AUCGGUAAACAGGCCUAAAUUUUCUGUACAAAGAAAAAUAAAUUGGUGUUGCUAUCGAAGCCGGAAUUUUGAAGCUGAACCUCCUGGAGAGGGAAACUAUGGGCGCCGGUGAUGAAACUCUCACAUCUUCUUAUGUUUCGCCUUCUCAAUCUGAGAGUUGGAAGGAGCGAAUUCUCGUCCCUACUAUUCUUGCAGGGAUCGCUGGAGGAGGAGCUGGAUUAUUUUCAAAACAUCGUAAAGUUCAUGGUCUUGCUAAUAUUAGCGCUACUUAUGCUUCCAAUUUAGCAAUCGUUACGGGUUGUUAUUGUGGGGCUCGUGAGUUUGUAAGAGCAAAUAGAACUGGAAAACCUGAUGACUUGUUGAACUCAGUACUUGGAGGUGUUGGUAGUGGUGCUAUUUUAGGAAGGCUUCAAGGUGGAAAACAUGGUGCUAUUCGUUAUUCUGUCAUAUUUGCUAUUGCUGGAACAUCGGUUGAUUUUGCAACUAUAAAAUUGAAACCUGUUUUGAGAAGAUUAUACAGCUCUGCAGUUGACAGUAAAGACAGCUGGUUGAGGGUUCCGGAGUGGUCACCUAUAAAAGUACUUGAUGAAGAUGCCCUUGCAGCAAAGCGAGCACGUGAACAAGAAAUCUACAAGAGAGUUCAUAGUAUUAGUAAUCUGAACAAAGAAGAAUCUUGAGACCAAACAUUUUUUUUGUUAUGUAUACUGUGUUACUGUCCAGUAUCCACUUCGUAUUUUACUUGUGAGUUGGAUCACGUGAUAGAGUCGAUCCAUGCAUGGGCAGAUAAUUUAUUUGAUGAAGAGAAGACUUACCCCUUAUAUUUCCUCCAACUUAUUUGAUGAAGAGAAGACUUGCCCCUUAUAUUUCCUUCUGGUUAAA